AUGUGUCCAAACCCUGGCAAGACACCUGAGAGAGUUCCGAAAAUUACACGUGUGAAGGGCCUCUGUAACUAUUCCUUCGUCCUGGGGCCUCGGGACGCCGUGGUCGGCCUCUUCUGCACCCCCCCCCCGGUCAAGUACUUCUCCCUUCGCUCCUACACGGGCUUUCGUUUCCGACCCCAGGCAUGGCUCCCUGCCGUCGAGCUUGCCGAUCCGGACAACAACCUGACCUUCAACACCACCGGCAGGCUACCACGGGAAGGUCCUUACUUGCAAGGGAAAAGGGAAGGAAGCGCUGAGUCCGACGCCGCACCUUUUUGCCGGACGGCCGCCUUUGUCAGUACAGGGGACGGGGUGACUGCUCGCGAUGUGCGACGUGCUCUGGCAAACGCGGGUUGGGCAGCGACGGCCACGAACCUCGACGUGGUCUCGGCCGAGAAGGCUUACUUUCGCGAUGUCCGACGGCCCUGGGCGAUCGACCGCAGCGACGCCUUCGUCAUCAAUUACCGUGUCUCCCAGCCGAUCGACUCGGCGGCAGUGGCCCCCUAUUUCGCGUCCUCCUACCCCUUUUACAUGCUGCGCCACCGUCCUGAGGUCUCUUCUGCCACGUCCAACAGGGAGUUAGGGAAUGCUUCGAGCGCCCCGGCCCAAGCGACUCUUCCUACAUCCGGGUAUUUGAACAUGGCGCCAGGCGGCAACCUUGGCCACCUUCCGGACAUAGAGGAUGAAAAUGCGCCCCGGGAGCCCCUCACUACCCCCCACCUCCGUCCCCGAGGGACAGGGCAGGAUGAAUCUUACCUGCUGCCGACGUUGGCACGCUUGGAGGAGGCGGUGACGGCCUACAUGGGCCGCAGCCGGGGCGCCGUGUUGCACGCGCGUUGGGAAAUGGAGCACAUUCUGCCAGACACUCAGCGGUGCUUGACUGAGCCAGACUACUUCCCAAUCGCCGCGUCGGUCCCGGAAUGGAACCUCACCGGCUUCGCCACCUGCGGUUUCUUUUCCCGGGACUGCCUUUACACCUUCCUCUCUCCCCCAACCACGGGCAAGGUCGAUUACGGCGAUUUGACCUUCCCGCGGAACCGCUCCUUUGUGUUCCUGGGCGCGAAUCAAGUCGGUCUGGAGAAGGUCACCUACUCCAAUAUUUUCAUGACGGCUACGGCGGAGCCGCAGAAACAGGGACGCACGGUGAACUUCAGCGCUCAAGCCCUUGGAAGUGUGAAGAUCGUGUCCGGGUCGGGACGCCGACGUUUUUCAAUGUGUGUCAACUUGCAGGAAAAGGCUUUCAAGGUCGGGGUUAGAAGGCUUUCGUCUCAUCGGCACAUUUUUUCGCCCUUGUCCCCACACGCACACGUGGGGCCCGAUGCAGAGGGGAGUGCGAACUGGUUCCUCCCGGAAGAUCCCGAAGCAAAGGACCUGUUCGCCGUCACCCUGACACGGGACGAUUGCCGACAGGGCGUCUUGGUAAAGGAUGGAAGGCGGGGGGGGGCUCUCAGCACUGACGAAGCCUUCUGCACGACGGUGAGCGAGGGCGUGCUGAGCUACGAGGAGUUCGUCUACAUCGUGGAAAGGAAGUACCUGGAACCCGCGACUCAGAUUGGUCCUGAUCCCGACGAGGUCCUACCGCCGGUGGUAUUAGUGUUCGAAUCUCCGAAUAUCACCGGUCUGGGAUUUGAAAGGGACGCAGAACGGAUGGAGGCGAUGGCGCGCUUUUGA